AUGUCAAACGUAUUGAAAGCUCUUGCUGAGGUCCGUAGUGUGCCGAAGGAGCGACUUAAGGCGGUAGAGGAAAGGCUGUUGACAGUGAUUCGUCGUGAGGAGGAAUAUAGGGAUAGACGUUUGAAGGGAAAGGGAGAGCCUAGGACGAUGCCGCCACCAAGUUUGGGUAUUCAAGUCGCUUUACAAGCUCUGCAGAAACUAGCGGCGAUUCACGCCACGCGGGUUGGAGUAGGGAAUUGGAAAGAAAAUGAAAAAGAUGUGACUAAGCAGCUUAUAGGAGAAUUGGUACGACGAGUGAGAGCAAUGGCGGUGGCGGGAGAUCUGGAUCCACAUGAUAUUAGUGCGGCGUAUGUGUCGUUGGAGAAAGCGCUGGGAAGGAAUAACGCGGCUACGAGAGAAUUGGAAAAUAUAUUGGUGACACGAGGUUUAUCAGACCUCUCCGAGAUGGAGGUAGGCCGAUUAGCUGAUGUGGUUCACCCUGGUACUCCGCUUCAACAAGCUGUGGCGGCUGAGUUCGGUGAACGAUCGAAGCUUUCUAAGAAUCAAAAGGCGUGCCGGAUUACUAUCACGAAUUUGAUGCAGUUCAUUUCGAACAUAGACCCGAUGUUGGGAAGUGCUCGGCUGAGCUCAGGAGCUCUCUAA